AUGGAAAACGUGUUCGACAACAAGAAGGAGCUGUUCCUCGGGAUGCGCGUGUUCAGCUGCGCUUUCGGCGAUGAGAAAGUGGUUAGCGGCGGGGACGGGGUCAGCGGUGUGGAUGGGGCCAGCGGUGCGGAUGGGGCAGAUGACGAGUCCAGCUCCUCCGCCACGCAGCCGGACAACCAAGUGGCGGACGAAAACCUAAUCAGGUACCUCUUCAACGAGCAGAAAAAUAUAAAGGUAGGCACGGUGCGCUUCAUCGGCACGCUCAAGAAUCACCCGCAUCCGAACACGACGUUUUACGGCAUCGAAUGGGACAACAAAACGGAGGGAAAGAACUUUGGAGAUUUCAAGAACGACGUGUACUUCUUCCCCGUAGACCUACUCACAAGGGAGAGAACAAAGAGGUGCUACAACGUGGGCGAGCACACAGUGGACGAGCACACAGUGGACGAGAACCCAUUGGACGAGCACCCAUUGGGCGAUCACCUAUUGGGAGAGCACCCAUUGGGCGAUCACCUAUUGGGAGAGCACCCAUUGGGAGAGCACCCAUUGGACGAGCACCCAUUGGGCGAGAACCCAUUGGACGAGAACCCAUUGGACGAGAACCCAUUGGACGAGAACCCAUUGGACGAGAACCCAUUGCGCAUGCCGAUCGAGAGAAACAAAAAACUUGUAGAAGAACUUCGUUCCUGUAAGAGGCACCUUAAGCCGUGCUCAUUCCUGCCAAUGGAAAAAAUACACGUAGGGUUAACCUUUUUUCAAGCCCUACAUUUUCGAUACAAAUAUUUCUUCACGGAUUCUGAUCUGUACGUAGAGGAUUAUCAAACGAAGAAGACCAAAAGGGUUCAAUUUAGUGGAGUCACAGAAGCAAGAAAGUAUUUCCAAAAUUUUUAUCAACUCACAAACAUAACUCUAAAUAAAUACUUAAUAUACACCUGUGGAUCACAUGACAGGAUAGUGUUUCAUCAGCUACGUAGCUUGUCUCUCUGUGGGAAUCUCAUAAGCCAAUGGAGGGAUAUCUUUCAUAUUGUUAGCUUGGCGAAGGAGCUGUCCUACCUGAACGUGUCAGACAAUAAAAUGUCAAAGUUGAGUCUCGAGUCGGUACUGUGCUGCUACCUCUCUGACUGCCUGUGUGGUGGUGGGAGUGCAGAUAAAGAGAGACAACAUCAGGAAGGUACAGUCGAAGCGGGGGGGGAUUCACUCAAAUGUAGCCACUGCAUGCAGGACCACCUAAUCCGAUUUGAACAAAUUAAAGAACUAUGUAUUGAUAACACGAUGAUCGAAUGGGAAGAUGUCCUAAUUUUGUCUUUUGUUUUUCCCAACAUGGAGACACUUAGCUUGAAAAAGAACUACCUCACGAGUAUCCGGAUGAAGGAUGUGGACCUUGUCAACUCACCGGUGCUUCUCCAGUACGUCCAACGGGACAAACGUGAAAAGGGGACUCCUGCCGAAACGCACAAUGGCUUUUCAUUUCGCGGCAUCGCGCAGCAAGGCGCACCUAGCGUGGAAUCGAACGUGUCGGCGAAGGAGACGGCCAGCGAGACGGCAAUCGAGGCGGCGGACAGCUCGACCAACGGGAUGACCAACGGGGUGACCAGCGCGGGGGAGGAGGCCGAGGGAGACAUACACACCUUUAAGAAGCUACACAAAAUCGUACUCAACGAUAACUACCUGCACGAUUACGAAGACCUGUUUUGCUUCAUCUGUCAGGUGAAAUCCAUUCGGGCUGUCUUCGUAAAGAGGAACAAAUUUGCGGACAGGGACGACUUAGUGACCCUCGCGGAGGGGGUAUGCUCAGUGAUGGGAAAGGAAGGGAAGCAGGGAGAGGAAGGCAAUCAGGGCGAGGAAGGCAAUCGGGGCGAGGAAGGCAAUCAGGGAGAUGAAGGCAAUCAGGGCGAGGAAGGCAAUCAGGGCGAGGAAGGCAAUCAGGGCGAGGAAGGCAAUCAGGGCGAGGGAAACGGCGGAGGGGAUCACCCCCCUCCUGACCGACUCCAACGGAUAAACAAAAAAUUCAGCCACCUGAAAGAGCUCCUGCUGGAUGAUAACAAAAUCAAGAACUACAAAACCUUGCGAGAUUUGUUCUACGUUUUUUACCACCUGGAGACGUUAAAUUACCAGAAGGGAAAAAAUAAUUUGAAGGCGAAGAAGGACCUCCGGUUCAUAUUCGUGGCCAUCCUCCCCAUGUUGAAAACACUGAAUCGGAGCUACAUAAACAAGAGCGAGCGGAUAAACUCGGAGCGCUUCUUCAUAUCUCUUUACCAGAAGGACGAUGUGGUCAGGGUGUUUAACGAGCCCGUGCUCGGCUGCCGCCACAGCGACCGUCUGGAGAGCCUGCACUACGAGGCCUUGCAGGACCAACCCAACGUCGAAACCUCCAAAGGCAUGCAGAGUAACCUCAUCAGUAUCACCAUCAUCCCGGAAUUUCUGAAUUCCAAAAAAUAUGAAAUCGUAAAGAAAAAGGUUAACAAGCACAUGAACGUAAAAGAUUUGAAGUACCUGUGUUCGCGUCUCUAUUCAGUCCCCCUCCCCAAAAUGCAGUUAUUUUACACGGACGAGAACAACCCUAUGUGUGUUGAAAUUGUGGAUAGCAACUCGAGUCUGUAUACCUACGGAAUUGACAACAACUCGAAGAUAAAAAUUCAGAUGGAGCAGUAG